CAAUAUCUCCAGCGCUCAGCCGUCGCCUGCGCAGUAUUUGUCCUAUUAUAAUGCUGCCCUGUCCCCGACCCGCGUGCUCUGACGCCCCAAGUUGCUCAAGUGCGUAAGCGCCCAACCUUCAAGAAUACCAAUUUUUUGUACCGUGGUUCUUGGUUUGGUACGAGUUGAGGAAGGGUACAAAAGCCAGUGUGGGCAGUCCGCGCCGUCACUUACCGCGGGCUCCUCCACCGACAACACCACACUGUGCUUCUCGCGCCCCACAAACACUGGAAUAUUCUCCGCCGACUUUGGACAACAUUGAGUGUAGUGUUCGAAAUACAAAGAGAAAUUUUGUGUGUGGCUACUUGUUGUAUAAAGACCUUUAUGAUGUCUGAUGUGGAAAAACAGAACCUGUUGCUGUUGACGACAGCUGUCAAAGGUCUGGGGCGCUUCCUUCUAGCACUUAGUGUGUUCCUGCUGCUAAUCUUGGCCAUCAUCUGCAUAAGGAAGUACCUGAACCGACAGAGGAAGCAUGUUCCCCUGCCCACACCACCUGUCUGUCAUCGGCAGCUGUCUCCUCACACCGAAUACCCGCCCACACCGCCCAUCAACAGGCAGCUGAUGUCUGUCUACGCCCUCUACCGGCCCACAGCGCCAGACAGCCCGUUUUUCUCCGCUAAGUCCGCAGGAAUGUCUCCAUCACCAUUCGGCAGUCACUUCAGUUUGGAUACAAGUGUGACUCAGCUUUCCCUCUGCCGCACCCCGCCUCUGAGUCCGCGUCUCCUGCCACACCAGGCUCCAGGCCGCCCCAUCUUCUACCUGCCCGGUAGUAGCCCGAGACUCAUGCCUACUCGCGCCACCACCUCCUCCCAGCCUGGUAGCCCUCUGCUGCUACCACCCACCACCUCCUCCUCUAAGCCAGCAAGACCACAACACCUGCCUCUACGUGUAUCUUACUCCCAGCCUAAUACUCCACGACACCUGCCUGACCGUGCUAGCGUCUCUAACCCAGCUACUCCACGGCACCCGCCUCUCCGUGCCACCUACUCCCAGCCCAAUAUUCUGCAUCACCCGCCUCUCCGCGGCACCAUCUCCCAGCCUAAUAAUCUGCAUCACCCACCUCUCCGCGGCACCAUCUGCCAGCCAGGUGGCCCCAGGCACCCGCCGCUCCGUGCCACCGUCUCUCAGCCAGGUGGUCAACUCGUUCGCAAUUCCUGGUCAAUGCCAGGUGGCCUGUACCACUUCCUUGAGUCGUGAAGUCCUUCAACCGAACUGCUCCAUCCUGACCUCUGAGUUAAGGGGUCACCUUCGGCUUGCUGACUUGCCUUUGAGAAUGCUGAUGGUGAACACGACCUUUACCUGUGUGCAGCUGUGUUGGCGGGCUGUGCCAGCGUGCAGCUGUGUUGGCGGGCCGUGCCGGCGUGCAGCUGUGUUGGCGGGCUGUGCCAGCGUGCAGCUGUGUUGGCGGGCCGUGCCGGCGUGCAGCUGUGUUGGCGGGCCGUGCUGGCGUGCAACUGUGUUAGCGGGCCGUGCCGGCGUGCAACUGUCUUGGCGAGGUGCCAUCUUGGCGUGCAACAGUUGUUUGCGAGGUGCCAUCUUAGCGUGCAGCUGUUGGAGAGGUGCCGUGCCAGCGUGCAGCUGUUGGAGAGGUGCCGUGCCAGCGUGCAGCUGUUGGAGAGGCGCCGUGCCAGCGUGCAGCUGUGUUGGAGAGGCGCUGUGCCAGCGUGCAGCUGAGUGGAGUGACUUCCAGCAGAGUGUGAAGUGUCUGUAUCAAUAUACUGAGAAUUUCGACACUUAACUGAGUGUCAACGUCCAGCUGAGAGUGUCAACGUCCAGCUGAGAGUGUCAACGUCCAGCUGAGAGUGUCAACGUCCAGCUGAGAGUGUCAACGUCCAGCAGAGUGUGUCAACGUCCAGCUGAGAGUGUCAACGUCCAGCUGAGAGUGUCAACGUCCAGCAGAGUGUGUCAACGUCCAGCUGAGUGUGUCAACGUCCAGCUGAGAGUGUCAACGUCCAGCUGAGAGUGUCAACGUCCAGCUGAGAGUGUCAACGUCCAGCUGAGAGUGUCAACGUCCAGCUGAGUGUGUCAACGUCCAGCUGAGAGUGUCAACGUCCAGCUGAGAGUGUCAACGUCCAGCCGAGUGUCAACGUCCAGCCGAGUGUCAACACCCACCUGACAGUGUCAACACCCACCUGACAGUGUCAACACCCACCUGACAGUGUCAACACCCACCUGACAGUGUCAACACCCACCUGACAGUGUCAACACCCACCUGACAGUGUCAACACCCACCUGACAGUGUCAACACCCACCUGACAGUGUCAACACCCACCUGACAGUGUCAACACCCACCUGACAGUGUCAACACCCACCUGACAGUGUCAACACCCACCUGACAGUGUCAACACCCACCUGACAGUGUCAACACCCACCUGAUAGUGUCAACACCCACCUAACAGUGUCAACACCCACCUGACAGUGUCAACACCCACCUGACAGUGUCAACACCCACCUGACAGUGUCAACACCCACCUGACAGUGUCAACACCCACCUGACAGUGUCAACACCCACCUGACAGUGUCAACACCCACCUGACAGUGUCAACACCCAUUAACUAAGCUCAUUGCCACAUAUACAAUGGCUUCAGAACAAUGAAGUCGACGCAUACGUCCGCAUGCGUCGACUCUAGUGGAUCUGCGGCCGUAGACGGUGUCCAUGAGCGCGUCGACGUCGACGUACUCGACGAGGAGCUCUGAGGAACCUUCAAGAACGUCGAGGAGGACCUUGACAGUCAGGGUGUGAGAGGGGGAGGUCUUGAGAGCCCUCACAGCUCCUCAUGCCUCGCUCGUAGGCCUCCACUCAUAUCUUACUUUAUAUGGACAAGUUCAACAAACAACAAUUUAGUGUUUCGACAGUUAUCAAUUCGGGACACGUCAGAGAUUGCUGAAAUAGAGGGAAUACAGAGAAUAUAUACAGCAUACAUAGACGCGAUAAACUACCUAAUUUAUUGGCUUCGUCUCAAAGCUCUCCAAAUGUACUCGCUAGAAAGGAGACGAGAGAGCUAUCAGGACAUGUCAUUGGAUGGUGAGAAUAAAUGUUUACAGCGAGCGGUCUGAUGUUCCAUAUGUUUAGGCUUGCAUAAUCUCAAAAUGUUUAGUAAUUAAAUAUACUGUGAACAUCAUUUACAUAAAAGAGUUCAGUUUUCCUCCGUGGCAGACGAGGAAAAUGUAAAUAAUGUCACUUAAGACUACUAGUAUAUAGUCUUGAAGCUUGCAUUAUAUUGAACAUUUACAGGUGAUUUACAAUAAUCCAGAAUAUGGCAAACAUAACCAUGAAUGUUUAACAUAUACAGCCAACUUUUAACAAUAAACAAUAAAACAGGAAAA